AUGUCUCCGCGUCGAUCUCGACCCCGUAGGAGUCGUUCCCAUUCUCAGCAUAGUGAGGAAGAGGUUCCCUCAACAUCUUCCCCUGCGGCCUCCUUUUUCGGGGUGGAAUUUCCCGCGGGUAGCCUUCCCUCUCACGCCAACACCGGCUGUAGUCGGGAAGUUUUCUCUUCAGCCUCCCUUAGGCAGGUUGUUAGCCCACUUCCUCGGUUCGAUAGAGGUCGCUCAGAUGACUCUUGUCGCUUAGUACGGGAAGGAGGGCGCCAUUGCUUGCGCCAGCUUAUCACAGACGCCACCUUUACCGCUGAUUCUACUUCCACUCAGGCUUUACAGAAGCCGAGCUUCUUGUUCGGGGAUCAUGUCGAGGACCCCGCUAUACUGACUCUUGGAGAGGAGCACUGGCUGACUUUUGAUGGUGGAGCUUGUUUGUACAUCCCUUCGAUUCCACGCCAAUAUUCCUUCAGUCACUUGAAGGGGCAGGCCGUGGACAGGCAGAUGUCUUGGCCUCUUACUGAAGAUGCUGAGCGGGUUCAGUGCGGAUAUGUCACUCACCACAAGACCCCCGGCUCUAACGGAUAUCCUGACGUUCGUGGUCUUCGACCUGGGAUUAUGGGUCUUGACACUGCACCCCCAGGCGAGGUGUCAGCAGCUGCUCUCCCACUCAGGCUUUACAAAAGCCGAGCUUCUUGUUCGGGGAACAUGUCGAGGACCCCGCUAUACUGA